AUGGAAUUUGAUGCUAAAAUUAUAUCUUGUAAAUUGAAUGAAGACUGGCCUAAUCGAAUAAAACUCGUUUCUGUGAUGGAUAUCGAUUUUGCUGGUCGAAGACAUGAUAUGAGCGAUAUUCUUUACUACGUAUUUAAUUGGAAAGAAGUUUUCUAUAUGAAGCGAGACACAGGCUUACCAUCACUGUAUAAUGCAAGAGAUUUUUAUCGAAGAGCUACUCGGCCUCACGACAAGCUUCAUGAAGAACAUGUUCGAGACAGUUUAAUGCGUAUGGCUAGACUACAAUUACGUGCAUGUGAUGAGAAAAAUGUUCAAAUUCUUGUUGAAAUAGGAAUUGAACUUGGAGUUUUUGCUGGUAGUGAGAUUGGAGUUGACGUAAAAGUGCGAGCACUGUCAGCAGAACCCAUUCGAAGAGUACUUCAAGAAGAUGGGUCAUUAUAUAAAAACAUUCGUACUAUCGUCUUCGCUGUACCAAUAUUCAACGAAACGAAAUCUCAAGAACGUACUUUCGAUAAUUUCGUCAAUACAUUUAAUAUAACAAAUUACAAUAGCCCUAUACCGGUGCUUAUUAUUGAUCAAGACAUGCAUCGAUUAACUAUAGCCAUUGCUCGUCCUAGUUCCAUUGUUUCUGAACUAAAUCCUGCUGAUUCACAUGCUGUUUUUUGUGACAUCGAUGAUGUCCAGUACAUUUUUGCCCAUCGAAAUAUUUACGACCAAGGUGAUUGGUUCGUCGAACAAUUUGGUCUUCUCUUCCCUGACAGUCUCAUUUCUCUCAAAGGUGCCAAAUUCAAGCGACAUGGUGCACUUACUAUGCCACUAUUUCGUCGUGCUAAAGUCAUUUCAAAUUUGGAUCUGAUUGUCGACUGUACUGACAAACUUUUGAACAAUUGGCGUGCAAGUCCUAAUCAACAUGUACAUUGUGACAUUGUUCAACAAUGUCAAAAUCUUCUGCUAGACAUCUUUGGAUUUAUUGCUUUCGACUACGAUUUCCAGACACUAAGAGGAACGAAUAAUAAUGAGCUUACAGAGGCGUUAAGAACGGUUUUGAAUGCAGUCGAAAUAGCUACCUAUUCACCAAAUAUCGUAUUAAAUGCUUAUUUGAAACUGAGUCCUCGGUACAGACGAGCUCGUACCACUAUCGAACAAUAUCUCUACCGAAUGAUUGAUCAAGAAUUGGCUGAACCUUCCGAAGCGAGAGAACAUCGAAAGAAAACUUCACUGAUUGCUUCACUUGUCGAUUCGUUACAAACAGAUGAAAAAGCCGAAGAAAGUAAACAUGAAGAAGAGAAAAAAGGUCUCUCACGAACUGAGGUAUUACAUGAGAUGGUUGCAUUUUUAAUCGCUGGAUUUGAAACGACAUCCACCGCCUUGGCAUGGUCUGUUCAUCUAUUGAGCAAACAUCCACGAGUCCAACAAAAACUCAAAGCCGAAGUGACGAAUGGUCUUGUUAGUCAGGUUUUAUCAAUGGAUCGUCUCGAUUCAUUCGUCUAUUUGGAUUGUGUUAUCAAAGAAGUACUUCGCUUUUCUCCGCCUGGUGAUGUUGUACUUCGUACAUUAACCGUCGAUGAUCGUCUACCGAAGAGUGGUGCUCAGUUAUUCAAAGGAGAUCAAAUUAUUAUUCCAAUUCACACACUAGCACGAGAUUCUCGAUAUUGGUCAGUUUCUCCUGAUCUUUUUUAUCCAGAAAGAUUUCUAGGCGAAGACAAGAACCAUCAUCCGUAUGCAUUGAUUCCAUUUGGCGGUGGUCAUCGUCAAUGUAUUGGACAAGAUCUGGGUCGAUUUGAGCUGAAAGUGAUCAUAGCUCGACUAAUACAACAUGUUACAUUCGGUGAUGGUGGUCCUGUUGUGAAUGCAGGCGGUCAUUUAAUAAGACUGACUGUGAUGCCUAAAUAUGUUGGCGUCACUAUCGAAUUUAAUUAA